AGGCAUUAGCGCCAUAUGCGGAGAUCGAUAUUUACUUUUAUUUUUUUCCCAAAUAUUUUCUCACUAUCGACUCCAAAGUGACAAUCAAGUAGACAAAUGAGGUCUCCUCCUGCAACGUAUCACAAACUCUGUUCAACACUCUUACGAUAUUUUCCUUCCUUUAAUACCCCUCAAAACUUUCAAAACUCACACUUUCAGUCCUCCAGAAACUUCUACACGCUGAACCCUACUACUGCCAUUGACACUUUCAUCAGGCCCAUUUCCGUCAUUUCAAUUAGUCCUCGGCAGUUGAUCGCCGUCGUACGGGGCAGAAGAUCGAGUAUCGCCGGCGUUUCAACCAUGGCCAGCGGCGGUGAAAAUCCAGUUACGUUUCAGUUAACUCCGUCGAGCUUGUUGAAGAUUCAGAAAGGUGAUAUUACUCGCUGGUCCGUAGAUGGAUCCUCUGACGCUAUUGUCAAUCCUGCGAAUGAGAGAAUGUUGGGUGGUGGUGGUGCUGAUGGAGCCAUACAUCGAGCUGCUGGUCCAGAAUUACGAGAUGCAUGCUAUAAAGUACGAGAGGUACAGCCUGGAAUUCGCUGUCCAACAGGAGAAGCAAGGAUUACCCCUGGUUUCAGAUUGCCAGCUUCCCAUGUAAUCCACACUGUUGGACCAGUAUAUGAUGCUAACCCGAAUCCUAAAGCCUCCUUGACAAAUGCAUAUAGAAAUAGCCUGCGUGUGGCAAAAGAGAACAACAUUCAGUAUAUAGCUUUUCCUGCCAUAUCAUGUGGGGUCUUUGGAUAUCCUUAUGAUGAAGCUGCCACUGUAGCUAUAUCUACUGUCAAAGAAUUUGGCAGUGACCUUAAAGAGAGUUGUGGGUUCCUUCAAAGCAUCUUGUGUUUCUCUCCUUCCAUGCAAUCAUCCACCAUACUCAAGCAGGUACACUUUGUGCUAUUUUCAGAUGAAAUUUAUGAUGCAUGGGUGACAGCAACGAAUGAACAGUUGAAUUGAUUAGUAUGUUUACGAGUAUUUGCAAGACGGCAAUGGAUAUCGGUGAAGUAUAAAAACACACUCAAAUAUUGAUAUGUCAAAAUAGAUGAGUCUGCUGAAUAAAUAUUUUGUGCACACCUAUUUGCUCCUUCUACACUCUAUCCAAACAGAUUUCAGUCAUUUCUUGAUCCCAAAGAUGUCAAAAUAUAUAACUAGUGGGAAAAUAUGCUACUUAAGUUUACAAGAAAGAAUGACCUCUUUAUAACAGCCGUCCUGCUAUUUUUUAGUUUUUUUUCGUCUCCGAUGAGUUUUGAACCUAAAAUCUUAGAGUUCUUAAUCACUUCAUUGACUACUAGGUCACACUUGUAUGCUUAUGCAAUUGUAUACCUUUCUCGUCUUUUUGACGAAGAUUAAGUGACUUUUCCAAUGU